CAAUGUUUUAUGUAUUUAUUCUUGGCGCAUCUUGGGGUCUUCCUUUUACAAUCAUCAUCACAUAUUCAUCAGAUCAACUUUCCAACUUAACAUUAAAGCGCUCAUAGAUUCAUUACCAUGGCAACCAUGUACGUAGCAACGCUCCUGUCCCUAGUGGGACUCGCCUAUUGCGGAAAAUACACCGUAACGGAAGAGGCAUACUUUGACGUCGAAGUACAAGAUAUGGAUGGCCCCGGGGAGGAUUACAACGGUCGAUUCGUCGUUGCACUGUUCGGUGAUACAGCCCCUAUGACAACAUUGAACUUCAAAUCAAUCGUCGAAGGAUACAAAAGAGGAAAGGAAACUUUAUGGUACAAGGGAACCAACAUUCACAGAAUCGUGCCUGACUUUGUGAUCCAGAUGGGAGAUAUCACAGUCGGAGAUGGAACAGGAGGUAGAAGUAUAUUCGGAGAGAAAUUCAAUGACGAGGAUUUCGUUUUGAGCCACAGAGCACCAGGAUGGUUGGCUAUGGCCAAUCACGGCAAAGACACCAACGCUUCACAGUUCUACAUUCUUCUCAACAAGGCUCGUUGGUUGGAUGGCAAACACGUCGUCUUCGGCAAGGUUGUCCGUGGCAUGGAUGUGAUUCGUACACUUGGAGAAGUCCCAGCUGACCCCAACACCGCUGUCCCCAAGAAGAAGGUCAAAAUUGUCGAUUGUGGCAUUGUUGGUAUUGAGAAGAAAUAUGAUCUGAAGAAUGAUGAACUCGACUCUGAAGAUGAUUUAUAAACACUUCUUACUUCUAUUUAAUAUAAACACUGUUUAUAAACACUAGCUCAUUUUUAUAAUUUCAUUAUUAAAUGUUGUUAUUGUUGAUUAAAUUAAAUUUAACAAUUGAUUGACUAAUUAAUUAAAUAAUUGAUUUAAUUAAUUGAUUAAUUAAUACAAUUAUUAAAAAAUGUAGCAAAGGUGCAAAACAUGGACUCCAAUAAUGUUGUAAUAAAAAUCUAGUUUUAUACGAGUCUUUUAUGGCCAAACUCUGAGUGAAAAAUCUAGUCAAACUGCACUCUUGAAAGAAAAUUACUUAUAUAUGAGAAAAAUCUCAUGAAAAAGUAAAAUGUAGUCAAUGCACUUCCAAUGUAGUAGAUUUCAUACAGGGUGUCAGUGUGAUGUAAUAUUGCUAAGACACUGUUGUAAUUCCCUGGGUCACCCUAUAAAUGUUAGCUAAUUCUGUAUUGACUUGUAAUAUGCACAGUUCACUGGUGCCAUACUGUAUGUAAAUAUUUGCCAAUGUCAACUGUAGAAAUAAAAAACUUAAAUAAGUAUCUGAUAUUCUAUUUAUUCAUUAAGGAAUAUUCAACACUUUUAAAGGGUUUUGCAAACAACGAAUAUGUUCCUUAGAAAGUAUCAAAACACAAAAGUUACGAGAGAAAAUA